AUUUUGAUGUGGCMUCUGACCUACUAUUGUUCUUAUGUUAGUAACAGUCUUCGCACUACUGCUACUUUGAUAACAUCUCAUUUAUGUUCAUAUUUUCAAGUUCUUACUGUUUAAUUUGAAUUGUUGGCUUAUUGACUGAUAUAUGCUGUUUACAAUCAUUAAAUCAGUUAUGUUUUAGCUUAAGACAUAUGAUUUAUUUUACAAUUUUUACACAUUAUCAGAGAACAAUUUGGAAGCAUAAAAUAAACAUGAAAUUUAUUCCGGURUUGGUACUUAUAUCAUUUUAUUUUACUCCUGAAAUAAAGUCUUCAAACAUAUUGGUUUUUGUUCCAUCACCUUGGAAGAGUCAUAUCGUGUCAUUUAAACCAUUGUUUUUGGAAUUGGCACAUCGAGGCCAUAAUGUAACAGUGGUAUCAAAAUUUUUUGUAAAAAAUCCACCAGUUAAUUUUACACAAAUUGUUCCCAAAUAUGAAUUGGAUUUUGAAUCAGUAACAGAUCUCGUGUUGCAAGAAAGUAAAAAAUAUCUAUAUUUUUUUAAGGAAUUAUAUAUGCGAAAUGGAAUUGGUAUUAAUAUCACUGAAACUUAUGUAUCAUCUCCAGAGGUACAAAAGUUUAUCAAAGAAGAUCAAACCCAGUUUGAUUUGGUGAUCAUAGAAUCGUUUUUCCAAGAAUGUACCGUUGCAUUGGGUCAUAAAUAUGGUGCUCCAGUUGUUAGUAUUGUUCCAGUAGCACCUUGGGUAUCCGUUUCUCGCCAUGCUGCCAAUCCUUCAGAUUUUUCUUAUAUUAAGGAUUUUAAAUUAAACGCUGGAGUAUCAAUUGAUUUCAAAAAUCGAUUGAUUAAUACUUUAUUUGGUUUAUACGGUCUGUUUAUCGAGCCAAUUACAUAUAUUCCACAGUUAGAAAAGUUAAUGGAUACGUAUUUUCAAUAUCCUGGAUUUGAAACCAGGCCAUCGAUGACAGAGAUGCUCGAAAAUAUAUCACUUAGCUUAAUUGACUCUGAUGUAGCGAUUCUUAGUCCAAGACCUUACGUACCAAAUUUCAUCGAAAUUCCUGGUAUUCACAUACAACAUGUAAAUAAAUUGAGUAAGACUUUACAGAAUUUCAUGAACACAGCUAACGCAGGUGUUGUGUACUUAAAUUUCGGUACUAUAUUAAAUGUGUCUAGACUACCAGAACAUUCACUAAAAGUUUUGGUAAAUGUUUUGGGCCGACUAGAACAAAAAGUUUUGUUCAAAUGGAAUAAUAACGACACCCAAGGAUUUCCAGAUAAUUUUUACGUUGACUCUUGGUUUCCACAGUUAGAAAUUCUGAGGCAUCCAAAUUGCAAGCUUUUUAUUACGCAUGGGGGAAUUCAUGGUAUAAUGGAAACAAUAGAUGCUGGAAUUCCGUUCAUCGGGUUUCCUGUUUUUGGGGAUCAGUUCCAAAAUUUAUUGAUUAGCCAGAAAAAUGGCUUUGGGAUUAUGAGUAAUAUUCAUACAUUGAAUGAAGAAACAUUCGAGAGAGACGUUAAGUUAAUAUUAAAUGAAAUGAGGCAAGUAUACUACGAAUUUUAA